AUGAAUUUUAAAAUAUCAAUAUUUUUAAUUAUAGUAUCCAUCUUGUAUUCUGCAAAUUCCAGAACCUUGAAAGGAAAAAAUAAUAUAAAUAAUUCAUUGGGAAUAAUACGGGAAAAUAAAAAUAAAACUCAUCAAACGGAAAUACAUGAGUCUUUUUCACAUCUUAAAUCGAAUAAUAGUAAUUUUGUAGAAUAUGGAUCUUAUUGCGGAGAUGGGUGUAACUCUAGAAUUACAAAAAAUAAUAAAAAUAUAAAUAAAAAUGAUAGAAAAUCACCAAGACAAAUUUUAGAGGAGUAUAAAAAAAGGAAACAAGGUAUUAUAGCAGGAUACUAUGGUUCAUGGAACAGUCAAGGUGAUAGAGCAAAACAUAUGAUUGAUUCAAACCCAAUGGUGUCAAUUUUAUAUAUUGCAUUUGCUCGCAUUAAUAUGUUAUAUGAUGUAUCUAGACCAUUUAAUGGAAGACAAAGAUUCCUAUUAAGAAAACACGGCUUAGAAUAUGAAACCUAUGGUAUGAUGCUUAAUGAAAUUAGACGUAUCAGAAAAGUACGUCCAGAUGUAAUUAUUCUUUUAUCCUUAGGUGGAGAAACCUAUAUGAUAGAUAUAGAAAAAGAAAUUGAUUAUGUGGAUAAAAUAUUGAAGCUUGUUAAUGAUUUUGAUUUAGAUGGUGUAGAUAUUGACUGGGAACCACAUGGAAGUUUUAACAACUUAAAUGAAUUAAAUUUUUCAAAUUAUUAUAUUAAAUUAAUUAACUUGUUAAGAAAAACUAUUCCGGAAGAAAAGUUAAUUUCAAUUUCUGGUUCAUCAAAUGCUGCAUUAUCAUGCGUUUCAGGAGUUGCAUCUUUCUGUAAAGAUGAAGAAUCUCCAUAUAACACUAAAUUUUUGUCUGAACAAAUAGAAACAAAUAAAGAAUUACAUAGGGCAGCAGCGAUGUUAUCAGCAGGAACUUUUAUUAAUAUUUUUAAUACAGCAAAGGAGAAAAUAGAUCUUGUAUUUAUUCAAACAUACAAUUUAGAAACUACAAAUCCAGAUAUAAUGGUAGAUAUGUACUUAUCCCAUUUAUAUUUUGGUUUAAAAUAUAACAUCACAAUCAUAUUAGGUUUUUCAUUAGAACAUAACAGAGGUGGAUUUAGUCCCGAAAAUAAAGAAUUAUUAGAAUUGGUAGGAAAAACAAUACAUGAUAAAAAUCAAAAUAAUAAUAGGGCAGAUGGUAUAGGGAUAUGGCAUUUAUUUAUGAAAGAACAAUUACCAACUGGAUCAUUCGAUGUAGAUAUUUUUCUUACAAAUAUUUGGAAACAUUUAAAUCCUGAAGUACAAACUCCAAAAGACCUUACUAUAACUGAAAACCCUGAAGACUGUAGCACAAUAGAUGAAUAUGUUCCAGGACUCGUUAUUCCAACCAUAGGGAUAUAUUACAAACACAAUGAUGCUAUAUGGAAAACUAGAUCUUAUUCAAUUCAUGCACCUGGUGUAGACAGAUAUGAAUGGGACUUGGUCAAAGUAUGCUAUGAAAAAAUAUGCGAUGGGAAAGCAGCCCAUUAUUAUAACACUGACUAUAAAGAAAGCUCUAUUAUUAUAUGGAAAGGGGAACCAUAUUUAAUUAAAUGGUGGCAACAAGGACCUCCGGAAGGUCAGGCACUAGAGUCAUACACAAAACUAGAUGCAUCCAAAUGUCCAGGGAUAGAAGAAUGGAAUAAAAAAUAUCCACAUAAACCACUAGAAGUAGAGGAACAAUAUGAACAAGAAGUGGAUUUACCAUUACAAUAA